CCGGGCCGGGCAGGGCAGGGCCGCGCGGUGCCGCCCGCCGCCCAUGGCGAGCCCGCCGCCGCCGUAGCUGCGCCUGCCGCCGCCGCCGCCAUGGGGAGGCCUACGAUGAUAGAUGGAGUUAUGAUUCUUCCCGUGCUGCUGCUGCUGGCGUUUCCCCCCCGCAGUGUGCAAGACGACGAGCUGAAGCUGAAUAUGGUCCACUACGAAUGUGUGUGUGAGGGCAUGUCCUGUGGGAAUGGAGAUCGUUGCCAAGGCCAGCAAUGUUUUGCUUCUCUAAGCAUUAAUGAUGGUGCUAAGGUUUACCAGAAAGGCUGCUUCCAAGUCUACGAACAAGGGAAAAUGACGUGCAAAACACCACCAUCUCCUGACCAAGCAGUCGAGUGCUGCCAAGGAUACCUGUGCAAUAUGAAUAUCACUGCACAGUUGCCCUCUUCUAAAGGGCAAACCCUUCAAGGAGAAGCUGCAGGUUACAGCAUGGAAACACUAAUUAUUGUUAUACUGGCUCCUGUGAUAGUGUUGAUAUUUUUUUCUGCGGUAGCUGUGCUGAUCAUCCGGAGAAUACAGAAAAGCCAUAUGGAGAGGCUAAAUUCUAGAGAUGCAGAGUAUGGCACAAUUGAGGGACUCAUUGCAUCAAAUGUUGGGGACAGUACAUUGGCAGAUUUAUUGGACCAUUCCUGCACAUCUGGAAGUGGUUCUGGACUUCCUUUCUUGGUGCAAAGAACGGUGGCUCGCCAGAUCACACUUGUAGAGUGUGUAGGAAAGGGACGUUAUGGCGAAGUCUGGAGGGGUCAGUGGCAAGGAGAAAAUGUUGCUGUGAAGAUCUUCUCUUCUAGGGAUGAAAAAUCCUGGUUCAGGGAAACUGAAUUGUACAACACUGUAUUGCUGCGGCAUGAAAACAUUUUAGGUUUUAUUGCAUCUGAUAUGACUUCCAGAAAUUCAAGUACCCAGCUGUGGUUAAUUACCCACUACCAUGAAAUGGGGUCUCUGUAUGACUACCUGCAGCUCACUACCCUGGACACUGUCAGCUGCCUGCGAAUAGUACUGUCCAUAGCUAGUGGUCUUGCACAUUUGCACAUUGAGAUAUUUGGAACCCAGGGGAAGCCUGCCAUUUCUCAUCGGGACUUGAAGAGCAAAAAUAUCCUCGUCAAGAAAAAUGGACAGUGCUGCAUAGCAGAUUUAGGCCUUGCGGUUAUGCACUCCCAAAGCACGAAUCAGUUGGAUGUGGGGAACAAUCCCCGUGUGGGUACCAAACGCUAUAUGGCUCCAGAAGUCUUGGACGAAACCAUCCAGGCAGACUGCUUCGACUCUUACAAAAGGGUCGACAUCUGGGCUUUUGGGCUGGUCCUUUGGGAAGUAGCUAGACGCAUGGUUAGCAAUGGUAUUGUAGAAGACUAUAAACCACCAUUUUAUGACCUGGUCCCAAAUGAUCCCAGUUUUGAAGACAUGAGAAAAGUGGUCUGUGUAGACCAGCAAAGGCCGAACAUUCCCAACAGGUGGUUCUCAGACCCUACAUUAACAUCUCUUGCCAAGUUGAUGAAAGAAUGCUGGUAUCAAAAUCCAUCAGCAAGACUAACAGCCCUGCGAAUCAAAAAGACUUUGACCAAAAUUGAUAAUUCCUUAGAUAAACUGAAAGCUGACUGUUGACCUUCUUCUCAUGGUGCUCUCCUGACAGGAAGGCACUUGUCUGGUUCAGAAGUAGUCUGGCUAGACAGUCUAUAUAAUUGGUCCCCAUGUGGCUUCUUAUAGAGGCAGAAGUUUCUACCAAGCCAUCUGUUUGGGAGACAUCAGAACCAUAUGGACUUUGCUCAGUGACUACAGUGGGCAUUUCACAAAUGGUCAAGCUAUAAAGACUCAUGCUGGAUGUACUGUUGCAAAGGUAGUGGCCUGAAGGAAGACAGAGAAAUCCUAAGACAAGAUCAGGGCAUUAAAUAAUGGCUUUGAACAGCUACUUCCCCCCUAUUCCCUCCCCCCCCCUUUUUUUUUAAUUCUCCUGAUCACUCCCAGGGUGAACACAUGGAAGUGGUAAAUUUUAAUCAGCAAUAUUGCCUGUGCUUCUCUUCUUUAUUGCACUAGGAAUUCUUUGCAUUCCUUACUUGCACUGUCACUGUUAAUUUUAAUGACAUGACUUGCCAAAAAUAUGAUUGGCUGUAUACUACAUUGAUCUAUGCCUGAAUAAUAGGAAAUGAAUUUGGUAAACUGAAAAUGUAACUGUCAGAUUUUAGCUGCAUUUUACAUGUGUACUGAUGUUUACAAUAAUGCUGAACAUUAGGAAUUUCUCGUUUAUACAAAACUUGCAAAUUAUUUAUUACUAGUGCACUUGCCAGUUUUUUAAACUGUAAAAUAAGUGCAUAAAGUUAAAGCUUAUUUUUAUGUGGCCUCUUUCAUGAUUUCUUACACAAAUGUUUUUGUAACACUAUAACCUGAAACAUAAGUGUUUUCUGUAUUAUCAUAUUACAACUCAAUAGUCACAUUUUAAGUGCUUCACAUUUGUAGGUGUGUGGUCUGUAACAAUUUUCAGUUCAAAUAUGGAACAUAUAUAUAGCUGUUACCCACAUGACAAUGUGUCUAGUAUCUUACUGAUCUAGAAGAGGAAAGCAGUGGAGGAAUUAAAUAGAAUUUUAGGUCAUGAAUGCUGUGGGGCGAAUGCAUUUUAUUUCUUCUAAGCUAUAUAAUAUGCAUUUAAACUCUGCCAGAAAAAAAUAACUAUUUUGUUUUAAUCUACUUUUUCUAUUUAGUAGUUAUUUGUAUAAAUUAAAUAGAAUGUUUUCAAGUCAAACAAAAGAGUGUUUUUAGUUCUGUUACUGUCUAUUAGUAACAAAUGUAUACUAAUGCAUCAAUGGGUAUUUCCAGUCACACGCUCCCAGGUAGAGUUGGUUCAGGUCAACAAAAAUUUAAAACCAAGGUACUGAGGCUUGUUGACUGUUGUUUGUCUGGGUGUGUUUUUUUCCUGUGCUGGACUGGAUCCCAAAAUAGUACAGCACGGAAAUGGUGUACUUUUUGGAUAUGACAUCAACUGUGUCCAUGCAAACCUCCUAAAGCAUGUCUUGCAGGAGGGGAUGUGUUGUCCCUUAAUCUUAUGGGGAAGAAUUCAGCUUUGUACCCGGAAGGAAGACUGUGUUCUCUACCUGUACCUCUUGAUAUUUUCAUAUCAUUUGUUACUCCAAAUGGAAGAGUAACUAUGGAGUGAUGGUGUCCUUUUAUCUUUUUUGAAAAAAAAACUCCUUGUUGGCUUGAAAUCCUCCAGGUAAUCUAAGAAACUAAAAAGUAAUGAGCCAUUAAGCCAUGUUUCAUCUCUGCAUUCAAAAUUUGCUUUAAGGUUCCCUUCUUGGCUUUAUGGCUGCCAGGUUCUGCUCUCCUGUUUCCUCUAAUUUCUCCUUUUCAGUCCCAGUCUUCCUUGUCCUUCUAUGACCAAGUGGCUUGCCUUUUUCUACAUUUCUACUAGUGCAGAAAUAGCAGCCUAGCUUGCAGAUAGGCACUUCAUGGGUUUAAGAGACUGCAUAGUAUAGCUCUGCAAAACAGAAUUGCUAGCAGUUGCUAGGUCUCUUAAUUAUACUUCAUGAGAAUCUGACAAAAUCUAGUGCUGCCCAAAAAAAUUAUAUAUUGUUUUUUAAUAGGAGGUCAAAGGCUCUGUUGCCUGAAUGCAUUCUGGUUUGCUUUGGAUACGCAUGCUGGGCUGACUGUUAAACAGCUGCGGCCUGGGAAGGAGAGUAUUUCAGAAAUGAGUCAAAUGAAUCAAUCUCUUGGAUUGAAGGUGUUAUGUGAGUGGAAGUAACAGUGAAUGUCGCAACUACAAAAUCAGUAGCUAAGUUAGCGAUAAUCUUCUGAUACAGAUUAUUGCCUUGGUUCCUUGGUUCUAGCUGCCUGGUGCGCACGUGUAUGUGUUUCUUCCAUAUACAUUUGUAUGACAGAACAGGCGCUGGUACUUAAACCAAACGGGAUGCGAGGCAGCCUGUUCGCAGAGGUCCCCGACUGCCGCAGUGCGCAGACGAGGACAGCCAGGGACCUCUGGAAGUGGAGGUGAGAGGGAGGUAGCUUUAUGGACAGACAGGGGCAAAGCCUCAGGCAAAGUUCAGUAUACAACGUGAGCUUAAAAAGGGUUUGCUAGGCUUUUUACUUGGAGUUUUCACCUCUCUCAGUAUUUACUACUAAAAGUACUGGAGCAGAGAGACAAUCUGUCACACUGAUGAUUAACAGUACUGACGGUGUUGGCUGAAUUCAUUGUGCCUUUCUCAAACAGUAAAAUAUCAAAUCACAGCAUCUGACAGAUACUAGGGAAGAUGGUUACAUCAAAUACUUGAUCUCUUUGUGCUGCAGCAUUUUCUGAAAAGUACUGUGUAUGUAGAAGAAUGACAUGAGUUCAGUCUGGACACAGCUCCACGUACUCUGUACACAGCUUCUUCCAGGACAGGGCUCUGGAAACCACUGUCUUCUGCUGAGUUUGGAUGCAGACUUGAUUGAGGAACUUUAGCAUAAGUUAGAACUCCAGUCUCAUCUUUCCCUGUCCAUAAAGCAGAGAUGACCAGCUAAAGGAAGAACACAAACCUCAGUAGAACCUCAGUAGUUUGGUGCUGGACAUUCAGUGCCCUAGAGCAGAUCACUUUAAUCGGUGGUGCUGCUGGUAGCUUCCUUUAGCAGAUCAGGGUGUUCAGGGGUUCUUUUAAACAAAAUCCGUGUUUGUGCCCUGCAAAUGAACUACUUUUGAUCUAGGCUUUGACUGAACAACUGGCAACGGUAACUAUUUUUUUAAUUAGGUGAACAUUCAAAUUUACUACAACAACAACAAAAAAAACACCUCUGAGUGGGGAAAAAAUACCAUAGGAAUUAAUUUGUUAGUGUUAGCAACAAGUCAUUCAGCAUUGUGCUUUCCUAAUGUCCAGCUGCUGGCUGUGGCACCGUCUAUGCUUUCAAAACAGCAGAAAUAGCAAAGUGUUCUGAAUAUUCAUCUUGGGAACUGGAGGGUGGUGCGCCCAGGAUCAGAGAAGGAAAAACUUGGUGAUAGCAAGGCAUUAUCUUUGGUCUCACUUUCAAGGGUCUGUUUGAAUAGUAAUAGGAGAAAACUUGCUGCUGCUUUCCCCUGAAGGUGUCAUGGCUUGGACAAAGGGAAAGCCACUUCAGAGUUUCCAAGUGAGGUACAGGAAGACAGCCGCCGUGUACCCCCCAUGGUAUUUUUCCUGUAUGUUUAUUAAUGGAUGGUCCUCUAGUCCUCCCAUAAAAUCUAAUCUUCUAAAGAGAUUUGGAAUGCUUUUAUAUAAUCCCAUGCUCUCAGGGCGUCGCAGUAUUUAUUGCUAUGGAGAUGGCACAGGCCGUUCCGUAGUUGAUGUUGAAUUAUUCAUGUGGCUGGCAACUUUGCACUGAACACUGCCAGCACGGACCUGGGGUGUUGUCAUUCAAACAGGGCCGGGCUGUAUGUCAGAGCUCUCAUAAGAGAAGUAUAUAGAUGUAAAAAUAAAAAAAAGCAUCGAGGCAUCAGCACAUGGGUAACACUGAUGGUUAUAUGGGAGAGGCUAGGCAAAAAAAAAGAGGUACUCUAAGAAAAAAGCAACCCCUGAAAACCUACUUUUCCUUUUUCAUAUGCAGUAGAUUUGUUUAUUACUAGUUAGGAUUAUUUUGCACUUUGACAAAUGUGUAUCAGGACAGCUGCCUAAAGAAGCCUGUGGUCGGAGGCUUGUUUUAGUGUGUUGAGAAUAUGUGACUGAAGUCUUCCUCUCAAUUGUUUGUAACUUUUCUUAUGGGCCUUCUGUGCUGAAAGCUUCCAUGAAAAUCCCUAUCAAGCCUUCCAGACUUCUUAUUUACCUGGAUUAAGCUGUUUUGAUAGAGAGAGAAAAGGAGGAAUUCUCUUCCCUGUGGGGAGAAAUGUUUGCUGAGCAAAAAGAUCAGCCUUGGCACAGGUGUUGGCAUUGGAGAAGGGAAACAAAGAUGUUACAGGUGCUGUUUAUCUGUAUAGAGAAAAUUUAAAUCUUUCUCAAACACAGAAUACUUCCAUAUUUUAAAGCCAAGAUUUGUGUGGAAAAAGUAAGCAUUUUAUUAAAUGUAGAGUUAAUUAUGUACCGUGACAUGCUCUCACCUGGGAAUAACGCAUUCACUUUAUUCCCAGUUGGAAGAAAAAACAUUUUUUAGUGUCUGAACCAAGAAGCCAUGCCGAGACACACCAAAGAACGCCAGGGAAAGCUAAGGGCAGCUGUACGCAAUUCAUGUCCAUCUGGGCCCAUCGUGAUGGAAGAGAAGGCUGCAAGAGGCACCGCUAGCGCCGGAGCUGGGACCUCGUCUGGAGAGUGCAGUUCCUCGCUGGUUAUGGACUUGUGUCACUACCUCCAGAGCUUGUGUGGUGGAAAGUGAAGCCAUGUGAAACUUCCUUCACAGAAGGAGACUGCAAAAGGGAUCUUCCAAGAGGCUUGGGACAUCUGCUUGCUGGGUCAAACCAGUUUUGUACAAGUCAGACGCCUUAGUGGUCCAGGAACAUGAUCUGCUUGGGGAUGGUGUCUACCACGAUACACCAAAGUGCCUGCCAGCUAUCUGACUUGAGAGACUUGUAUAAAUAAAUACGUUUGUACGCCUUCUCACUGCAGUCACUGCUGCGUGCGCUGCUCCACGUGUGGUGGCGUUUGUCCAAGCACGCUGGAACCGAGGAGCGGAGCCUUGCAGAGCAGCGCUGGUACGCGAACCCGCGGCCUGGGGCGGCGUAGCUCCUCGGGACUCUAUUUAUACCUACGGCUCUAAUAAAUACCUUUGCUUGUA